AUCCUAGAUGUAAAUGAAUGGGAAAGCAUAUGAUUGCUCAAAUCUUACGAAGCAACGAAUCAAGGAUGGGACUAGAACGGAACAAUUAGGAGUUGUCUAUCUAGUCUCAGAUCAAAACGCAAUAAUAAGAAAGUACUUAUUUCAGACUCCCCCUUCCCACCUCAAAUUUUGCUUUGAAUAUGCUUCUCGAAAGGCUACGCCCAGCAAUUUAUUCUUCCAAUUUUCCGAAACUUUCAAGCUAUCAAUAUCUUUACUCAUUCCGCCAGCAACGAUUUCCAAAAUACUCCAGUAUGAGUAGUGUCAACCGUACGAACGGGAGUCCAGCCCGCAAGCUUAUUCUCGUUGUAAGCAUAAGCAGGCAUCUACAUGGUGUGCCCAUCGAGAAAGGCAUCGAAUCAGAGUGGGCAAAGGAAAAGGCUCGCGACAUCAAAGAUUCCUUCGAGAACGUCGGCUUCAAUUUAGAUCCUAAAGAUGUCCCAACCGCCCUCAGGGAUCUGAAGCACGAAUUGGAAGGAAGACCAUGGGAUGGUAUAAUCAUUGGAUGGUGUAUAAGGGGGAACAACGACUUCACCAUCCUUUUCGAGAAAGUCGUCGGGGCUUGCUGUGAAGUGAUCAAGUCAGCACCAGAGACGAAACUGAUGUUCUCUUCUGGGCCGCAAAACAUAGUAGAGACUGUCGCGAGGAACUUUGCUGUGGACGGCACUGCUUGAAUUGAGAUCACAAGGAUAAAAGGAAGAGACAAUGUUAGCUGCUUGAUACUAUUCCUUCAGGUGGUCUGAUGAUUCAUCCUCCUCAGCAGUGCCAGAGACCACCAGUCUCUACAAAAGAAUUCUUUGCCGGGUUCGGAUUGGCAUGUUGCCUUCUAACUCUUUAAGUGCUUCCUCCAAAUGUAUACAACUUGUAUGUACAGAAUACUUGCAUGUUAAGCUCACUGAAGCGUGUCACAAU